AUGUGCGAGUGCAGGAACGGUGCCCGGUGCAACCACAUCACAGGAGCCUGCCUCUGCACCCCUGGUUGGUCGGGACCACACUGCAUUCUGGGUAUGGAAGCCACAUCAUUAAAACGGGGUGUGAGGGAGCCUCUCUACCAGUCCAUCACGGCAUCCUCUCUUACUAAAUACCAUCUCCCAUGUGUUCGAGAACAAUUAUCUGUUUAAUGAUACCCUGCCAAUUCCUUUUUUAGGGAUGCAUAAGGGGUGGGAGGGGUGCAGGGGGGCUGGUAGGAUCCCCUCCAGCAUACAUUGUUAAUUGGGUCAGAUUCUGGAUAAAUACAUUCACGUGUUUAUAGGGAUGCAUUUAAAGGAGUUACUUGGCAAAGCUCUUUUAGGACCAUCAGUUUUACCCUCGGUACUCUCAUGCAAAGUCUCUAUCCGCUGCUCCGCAAAGUCUUCAUGCAGUUUUAAUGAAUCUAGUGAAAUGCCCUCUUAAAGUUCAGACUAUGUCAUUCUCAAGUCUUAUUCGAGAGGGCCUGGUCUCCCCAAAGCAUGUUUUGUGGUCCUGAUGACCCGCAGCCAAGAGUCAGCCCAAACCCACUUGUGUGACUUAAUGACAUGUUACUGUCGUUAGGUGGUUUCCCAUCUCUCUCUCGUUACUCAAAUGUCAUUUCAUUUCAGACAUUGAUCAUUAGCGACUAGUUCAGAUAGGUCAAAUAAAUGUGCUCUAUACAAACGCGCAAACAUAUGGAUUUGGCCAUAUCUCAAGCAAGAAAUACAAGACAAGUACAUUUAAGCCAUAUCUUUCCAUAGAGCAGAUAUGUUUGUGCUUUAGUCAACCGCUCCAUCGUGUCCCUUGUCAUUCUUAUGCAUAUGUUUGACAAUGAAUGACUAAAGGAAUUGAAUAAACCACAUACAGAUGUAGGAUCUUACUUUCCCUUACAUCUUUCGUAAGGGAAAAUCAAGUGGAAAUUCCAAACUUUAACUCAAAUUCACUAAGUUUUAAAUUUGAUCACCCUGUUGAAGGAUUACAUUCUUGCAGCGCAGGACAUUUAAAACUUGCAGUGUGUUUGAGGAUUUAAACAUUUUCGCUUUGAAAUUUAAGACUUGACAUUCCUUACAGAAAUGUCCAUUAAUUAUAAUCACAUAAUUCACAUUUCAUGUUGCUGCAGGAUUAUUUUCCUGCUGUAGCAAACUGGCUCAAAUUAAGAUCCUACAUCUGUAUAUCUGUGUCCAGACUACCAUUAGAGCAGACCACUUCAUGUUGAGUGCUAUAAAAUGCGGACUUGUAUUUAAGUAUAUGACUGUGUAUCCUGUCCUGUGUGGGAGGCAGCCUGCCCUGAGGGUGGUUUUGGGGAGAACUGCAGCCGGAGCUGUGAGUGUCAGAACGGAGCCACCUGUGACCACGUCAGCGGCCGCUGCAGCUGUGGAGCCGGAUGGACCGGAGCCAGCUGCCAAGAGGGUGAGUGGCUCAUCGGUCAACCUAGUAUAUGGCCCAGUCUGACAUUAAACAAACCUUAAACUAACAUUAACCUAACCUUAACCUAACAUUAACCUAACACAUCAGGAGCUCUGCAUGGAACUGAAAUCUCUCUUCUACCAGAAUAUCUUUACAGUGGGGGAAAAAAGUAUUUAGUCAGCCACCAAUUGUGCAAGUUCUCCCACUUAAAAAGAUGAGAGAGGCCUGUAAUUUUCAUCAUAGGUACACGUCAACUAUGACAGACAAAAUGAGAAAAAGAAAUCCAGAAAAUCACAUUGUAGGAUUUGUAAUGAAUUAAUUUGCAAAUUAUGGUGGAAAAUAAGUAUUUGGUCACCUACAAACAAGCAAGAUUUCUGGCUCUCUCAGACCUGUAACUUCUUCUUUAAGAGGCUCCUCUGUCCUCCACUCGUUACCUGUAUUAAUGGCACCUGUUUGAACUUGUUAUCAGUAUAAAAGACACCUGUCCACAACCUCAAACAGUCACACUCCAAACUUGUCACGCUCUGGCUCCGGGACUGUGUAUUUUGAGCCAGGGUGUGUUCAUUUGGUUGUGGUUGGUAUUGGUUGUGUUGUAUUUUGGUUGUUUCCUUGUUUGGUCGUGUGACUCCCAAUCAGUGGUAACGAGUGUCAGCUGUCGGCUCGUUAUCUCUGAUUGGGAGCCAUAUUUAAACUGUCAGUGUUCACCUUAGGGUUGUGGGUUUUUGUUCCUUGUCAGUCAUUGUCACUGUGGACUUUACGAUCGUGUUUUGUUUUGUUUCGUGUACUUUACCAAUUAAAGUCAUGUUCGUAUCGCACGCUGCGCCUUGGUCCACUCAUUUCGUAGACGAUCGUGACAAAACUCCACUAUGGCCAAGACCAAAGAGCUGUCAAAGGACACCAGAAACAAAAUUGUAGACCUGCACCAGGCUGGGAAGACUGAAUCUGCAAUAGGUAAGCAGCUUGGUUUGAAGAAAUCAACUGUGGGAGCAAUUAUUAGGAAAUGGAAGACAUACAAGACCACUGAUAAUCUCCCUCGAUCUGGGGCUCCACGCAAGAUCUCACCCCGUGGGGUCAAAAUGAUCACAAGAACGGUGAGCAAAAAUCCCAAAACCACACGGGGGGACCUAGUGAAUGACCUGCAGAGAGCUGGGACCAAAGUAACAAAGCCUACCAUCAGUAACACACUACGCCGCCAGGGACUCAAAUCCUGCAGUGCCAGACGUGUCCCCCUGCUUAAGCCAGUACAUGUCCAGGCCUGUCUGAAGUUUGCUAGAGUGCAUUUGGAUGAUCCAGAAGAGGAUUGGAAGAAUGUCAUAUGGUCAGAUGAAACCAAAAUAUAACUUUUUGGUAAAAACUAAACUCGUCGUGUUUGGAGGACAAAGAAUGCUGAGUUGCAUCCAAAGAACACCAUACCUACUGUGAAGCAUGGGGGUGGAAACAUCAUGCUUUGGGGCUGUUUUUCUGCAAAGGGACCAGGACGACUGAUCCGUGUAAAGGAAAGAAUGAAUGGGGCCAUGUAUCGUGAGAGUUUGAGUGAAAACCUCCUUCCAUCAGCAAGGGCAUUGAAGAUGAAACGUGGCUGGGUCUUUCAGCAUGACAAUGAUCCCAAACACACCGCCCGGGCAACGAAGGAGUGGCUUCGUAAGAAGCAUUUCAAGGUCCUGGUGUGGCCUAGCCAGUCUCCAGAUCUCAACCCCAUAGAAAAUCUUUGGAGGGAGUUGAAAGUCCGUGUUGCCCAGCGACAGCCCCAAAACAUCACUGCUCUAGAGGAGAUCUGCAUGGAGGAAUGGGCCAAAAUACCAGCAACAGUGUGUGAAAACCUGGUGAAGACUUACAGAAAACGUUUGACCUGUGUCAUUGCCAACAAAGGGUAUAUAACAAAGUAUUGAGAAACUUUUGUUAUUGACCAAAUACUUAUUUUCCACCAUAAUUUGCAAAUAAAUUCAUGAAAAAUCCUACAAUGUGAUUUUCUGGAGAAAAAAAAUCUCAUUUUGUCUGUCAUAGUUGACGUGUACCUAUGAUGAAAAUUACAGGCCUCUCUCAUCUUUUUAAGUGGGAGAACUUGCACAAUUGGUGGCUGACUAAAUACUUUUUUUCCCCACUGUACGUAAAAAAAUCCCUAAAACAGCAAAUGAUGGGUGAUUAUUUUGAUUUAUUCAAAUUAUGAUGAAAUAUCACAACAGUCUGUGAGUGUAUGAAUACACCAGUGGAGGGUCCUCAGAGGAGGAAGGGGAGGACCAUCCUCCUCAGUGAAUUUCAUAAAAAUAAAUGUUUUACAACAUUAAAAAAGUUAUCCUUUUUAGAUAAAACCAUACUAAAGCAUAAGCUACAGCUAGCUAGAACUGCAGUGCAUAAAAUGUGGUGAGUAGUUGACUCAAAGAGAGAAAAUGAAAAUAGUUGAACAGUUUUGAACAAAUGAAUUUCUUCCUAAAUGAAGGAGAAGCAAGAGAGAAAUAGAGAGAGAACGAUUUAGUUUUCUUUCACUUUCAGUUUCACUUAAUUAGCUAUCAAAUGCAGCUAGCUAGUUUAGCCUACUCAAACACCCUACUCAAACAGAGGGAUGCUAUGUUAGCCAGCUGGCUAUGACUAUCCAACACAACACUGGAACUCUUCCAAGUCAAGGUAAGCUUUUGGUUUGACUAAUUUAUUGCCAUAGGGGCCCGCUGGUGUAACUGCUUACUGACUGUACACUGUAACGUUACUGCAUGAUUGUAGCUGGUUUACUAACGCGUUAGUUCUAUUAGCUAUGCUGACUAUGACGUUACUUUAGCUACACAUGAUGUAGGCUGUAUGUAGCGGUUUGGCUUGGAAAAGGUUUUUUCGCCUGGUCACAAACAGCUGAUGUGUUUUGCAUUGAAGUCCGCAAGCGAAGGGAAGAGGUGAAAGGAGGAGAGCACAUAAUGUAGAUGUGAGAAGGAAUACAACGUGGCUGCUAUGAAACUGUGAACUGUGUUUACGUGUGAUCAGGGGUGUAUUCAUUCCGCCAAUUCUGUUGAAAAACAUUUCUUAAACAGAGGCAAACGGAACAAAACGGGGAUAAACAUACCUGCAUUUGUCCAAUAGAAACUCUUGUUUGCAACUGUUGGACUAAUGAUUACACCCAAUAUCAGCUAGAUGCAGGCAAGAGUGUGCAAGGCGGUAUUGAAUGUCACUGUCUGUCCAUGUGUCACUGUCUGUCACAUCAAAUUUGUCUCUCGACCUGUGUGCACCUACAUUGUAAACUUUCAUUCAUAGGCUAGGUUGUAGCAACCUCAUGAUGGGUAUAGGGAAAAUUCUAGUAUCAUGUAGUAUUCUAAACCUAUCGCUAUUACAUUGAACUGAGUGAAUGGAAUAUGAAUCCAUAAUGCUGUAAUAGAAGUAAGGCCAUGCUCAUGAAAAAAAAAAUUGUCCUCCCUCAUCUGAAACGGCACUGACCGCCACUGAAAUACAUGGUUUAUUGUAUGUGUGUUUGGUCUGUGUAAGUUUUAGAACAUAAAGUCAGUGCAGCCUAACUGAAUCCAAAUCGUAAUUUCUAUCUGUCUGAAUUGUAUUGAACAAUGACAUCCUCUUAUUAAACUUGUGUGUGUGUGUGUGUUACUGUGUUCAGCCUGUUCUGCUGGGAGGUAUGGAGAGGACUGUUCCCAGCUGUGUCUGUGCCAGCAUGGAGGCUUUUGUGACAGGGUGACUGGCCAGUGUUCCUGCCCCAGAGGGUGGACCGGAGCAGCCUGCGAGCUGGGUGAGUCCCCCCUCUGUCCCUGUAGGUCAAAUCAACCACAGGAGUGAGGGCGUUCAUAGCUGUACUCACCUUGGUCCAAAUCUAACCUGGGAUUGAAUUAUUGUGCAAAACUCCCAUUGACAUCAUUGCAUGAUUUACUAGAAAGCCAGAGUCAGGAACAUGGAUUCCUGGUUAGGAUUCAGCUCAUUGUGUGGUGGAUUUAUUGUGUGAUCUGAGGCCUCUGUUCUCUGCCUCUCCUAGACUGUGGGGAGGGGCACUAUGGAGAGGGGUGCACACAAACCUGCAGCUGUCAGAACGGAGGGGCGUGUGACAGAGUGACUGGGGGGUGUAGCUGUCCCCCUGGCUGGACUGGAGAGCACUGUCAGACAGGUGACCUGUGACAUCACUGCUUCCAAAUGCAAGGGGUGCAUCCCAAUAGUUUAGACUGGGUUCCUACCUCAUCUGUUUGGAUAGGUGAAAGCAAUCUGUCAGAAGCCAAUGUAGAGAUAUGCUUUCUGCUACCCUGUUCUUUUAGAUCAGUGCUGAUGAAGGAAAGGAGUUGAGGAAAGAAAGCCACUAAUGACUAUUGAGAUAUACCCAAAUGAGUCUUUCCUCCUCCUUUCACGUUUCUGUCUUUAAGGAGAGAGCAGUUGGGUCAUGUUCUGAAGGGAGAAAACGUUUUGAAAUAUAAUUAAAUGGGAAAGUCCUACCUGUACUUGUCCAAUAAGAACACAGAUUUUCGUUUUCAGACCGUUUCUAAAACGUAUUGCUACGUUGUGCCCUACUGAACACCACCCAUGUGUCUGUGCUGCAGCCUGCCCAGACGGUCUCCAUGGAGAAGGGUGUGAGCAGAGGUGUCAGUGUGACCACGGGACAAGCUGCCACCACGUGACGGGCAGGUGUGAAUGUCACCCAGGAUGGAGAGGGGCCCGAUGCGACAAACGUGAGUGUGACUUGACAGGGGCCGGAAAGGGCCACUUUGGAAAAAAGACAUGAUCAAAUCAUGCAUACUUAAUUUAUACUAUGAGAGGUCAAUUACUGUAUAAAAAAACUGACAUUCAUUUUGAAAAUCCAUCCAUGUUUUAUUUGAAUACAUACCUGGGACUAAGAUAGAUACAUUCACUUUGCGGUUAAAUCAUGAAUUGUCAUUAUAAGGAGGGUUCAUCUUUAUUUAAACAAGAAAGUUGUACACACAACAACAAUUGUCACUGUUUAAAGUGAAUAUUCCUUAGUUAGUGAUUAAUGUGUGUCUGAUGUGCCCCAGCCUGCCUGCCUGGGGUCUACGGUGCUUCCUGUGCCCAGCAGUGCCAGUGUCAGUCUGGGGUGCCCUGCCACCACAUUACUGGGACAUGUGGCUGCCCUGCUGGUCUCACUGGGAAUGGCUGUGAGGAGAGUAAGAGCACAUCUCUACCACUUACCACCAUCUCUUUAAACACACACAUGCUCACACACACACACACCAUCCCCCCGCUCCUCUCCCCCACUCCCUUCUUUCCCUCACACACUCAGCAGACAUCUGAUAAACGUUACAAUCAGGUUGCCAAGUAAAACAGGAGACAUUGUUUUUGUUUCCUGGGUGGAUAAGGGCUUUUGGAAGGCAUACAUGCAUAAUGACAGCGCUGUAAUUGCCUCUUUAGUCUGGAGUCGUUUCUUAUCUGUCCUACACGCUGCAUCAGUAAGUGCUGUGGUUUCAGCCGAGAGAGAGAGAGAGGGAGGGAGAGAAAAAACAUGUUUGUUUCAUAGAUUUAUCUUCCCUUGUGUGAGUAUCUGAGUGUCUGUGAACUACUGCAUUGUCUGAGUGUGAAUGGGUAUUUGAAUGUGAGUGAGUGCUUACAUUAUAUUAUGUCUGCAUAGAGAUUGGGUUUGGAAAUCCAUGUACAAGCAUACACACACCAUGUUGCAAUGUAAUCCAGAUAAUGUUGAGUGUUUUAGUGUGUGCGUGCGUGCAUCUAUGCCCAUCUUCUCCAGUCCUUAUUGUACAUGCUUGUGUCUCCUGCAGCGUGUCCAUCAGGUGUGUUCGGACUUUAUUGUAGCCAGAUGUGCCAGUGUUCUGGGGACCAUGAGCAGUGUCACCCUGUCACUGGAAGGUGUGCCUGUCUACCUGGUUACUACGGCCACCGUUGUGAACUCAGUAAGUAGUGACUAUUGGGUAGUCUGCUGCUGUGAACAGAUUUUUGUUUUAAAUGAUUCUAUGGUUUCAACAAUGGAAUCGCAGUGCACUACGCAAAGACUGACUUUGAAUAAGUGUACUGUCUGUCUGUGUCUGUCUCUUUCUCAAUUUCUCUCUCUCUCCUCUCUCCCUCUCCGUUUCUCCAUGCAGGACAGGCUAAAAAUGGGCCGGGUUCAUUUAUGGUUGUGGUAACCGUAAACUCUGAUUUGUGAUUAUUUUGUAUUUUGAUCCAUUAAUAUUAAUAUUUUCACAAAGUACAAAUUAAAAUGUCCAAAAGUUGAUACAAAUGUAUAUUUUUGUUAGUUUAUCAUACCAACUACAUUGAAAUACACAUAAUUUAAAAGCCCAUUUCAUAAAGAAUGUUACAAACUGGACAAUAUGCAGUAACUUACCUUGAAGAGAUGGUGAUUGGGUCUAAAUUGGUAUUUAAAAGUGAAUGUCCUUGUCUUUAACUGCCAUUUCCCGAAAAUCAGACUCUUCCCACUAGCCAACACAUUUUUCUUAGCUUCAGAAGCAUCUUCAUUCACCACAUUUUGUGUGGUUAUCCUUAGACAUAAUCUCCAGACGUAUACAGUGCCUUCAGAAAGUAUUUACACCCCUUGACUUUCUCCACAUUUUGUUGUGUUACAAGGUGCGAUUAAAGCUAACAAGACUACCAAGCUAACUAGCUAGCUAGCUCACUCGCAAGACUAGUCAAGUUAUCUGCAUUGUUGCUUGCAUGCGAUUGGCUGUGGUCUUGGGGUGGCACACAGCCUGGGAGACAGAGCUGCCUGUCAGGCAUUGUUCAGAGCUUAAAUGCCCAAUGAGGGCUUAGAUGCCCCACAAGCUCUUAGCUCAAGGUAAGGGACAUUUAGCUUGCUAACAUUAUAAUUUAUAAACUGAUAAUGAGCUCCAAACACAAAUGAAAGCAUGAUGUUAGCAUGAAAUCUACCAUCCCUUAGUGUAGCAAUCAAUAAAAACAUACAGUGCCUUCAGAAAGUAUUCAAACGAUCUCCACAAAAUACUCUGUAAUGUCAAAGUGGAAGAAAAAUUCUAACAUUUAAAAAAAGAUUAUGAAAAUAAAACACUAAUACAUCUUGAUUACAUAGGUAUUCAACCCCUGAGUCAAUACAUGUUAGAAUCACAUUUGCCAGUGAUUACAGCUGUGAGUCUUUCUGGGUAAGUCUAAACGCUUUGCACACCUGGAUUGUACAAUAUUUGCACAUUAUUCUUUUAAAAAUUCUUCAAGCUCUGUCAAUUUGGUUGUUGAUCAUUGCUCAUUUCGCUUGUUUGCAAUGUAUGCUGUUUAAACGCAGUGCCAAACAUUGGGAUGCUGGACACAAGCCGGGAUGAUGAGUGCAAUCUAGAUGAGAUAGUCGAUGUGUCAGCAGUGGGCACAGAAAAUAACAUGUUUGACUGUUUCAAUCGGAGAGGACUUCACUUUAUCCAUGUGAACUCACGGAGCCUGCUGCCGAAAUUAGAGGAAUUAAAACUCCUCGCUUUCUAACACUCGAGCUGCAGUAGUUGCUGUGACUGAGACAUGGCUCGAUGGGUCAAUUGAGGACAAUGAGGUUGAGCUACCGGGUUAUAGCAUUCAUAGAAUUGACCGAAACCGAAACGGUGGCUGCUUGUGUGUUUUUACUAGGAAUGAUAUGCAUUUUAACCCUUGUUCAGAUCUGAAAAUGGAUGGACUUGAGGUUGCAUGGGUAGAUAUACUUCUUCCUAAAUGUCGUCCUAUACUUGUUGGUGUGUGCUAUUGGCCUCCUAAUCAGAAUAAUUUAUAUGAUUUACUUGAAUCGAAUUGCUGUGAUCACAAUGUAUUUGCUGAUAAGGAAUGUAUUCCGCCGACUGAAACAACUGGUUGUUGAGCCAACCCGGGUGUGUAUUGACAGUAAAUCAACUUUGGAUUUGAUUAUUGUAUCAGACCACGAGAACGUCUGUCAGUCAGGAGUCUUAAAUAUUGGUUUUAGUGAUCAUAUGGUAACCUACUGAACCCGUAAGAAAUCCAAAAUGCUACUUGAGCCAUGUAAUACCUACAUGAAUAUACAGCCUAUGAAACAAUACUCAAAGGAACGUUUUGUAGAAGUGCUUGGAAAUUUGGUCUCAUGUACUAAACUGUGAUGAUGCUGAUCAAGCUUGGUUUCUGUCUGCACUUGACUCUCUGGCUCCGAUUAAACAAAUUCGAAUCAAACAGCGGUCAGGAAAAUUGAUUACUUCUGAGAUCUUAGACCUUAUAAGGAAAAGGGAUCGCUUCCUGGACAAAUUCAAAAGGACAAAUCUACAACAAGAUUAUGAUGGUUAUAUUAACUGUAGAAACCAGGCAAGAUACAAAAUGGAUAAGGCCAAAUUCCAACAUUACAUAGAAUCUGUUAAUGACAACUUACAUCAGCCUUGUAAACUGUGGAACAUUUUAAAGGACAAUGGCUCAAAAAAUCCCAUAAGGUAAAAUCCUGUAGUAUUGGCCUGGAUAUUGAUGAUGUUUUAUGCUAUGACCAGGCAAAGGUUGCAAAUUAUUUUACCACAUUUUUUACCACUAUAACCUCAUCUCUGGUUAAGAAGUUACCGACCUGCUCUGGACACUAUGGCCAGUCUUUCAUUAACAACUUUUACCAUAGCAAAGGUAUCACAAAUGAUUUGUUUGAGCUGUGCAUGGUAACAGAGGACAAAGUUUUCUACUAUGCUUAAUGAGCACAAACAAAGCAACUGGGCUGGAUAACCUUUCCUGCAAGAUUCAUAAAGGAUAGUGCUUGUGUCACUGCUAAAAUGAUAACGCAUAUUGUAAACCUUUCUAUUAGUAGUGGUACAUUUCCCAAUGAUCUCAAAACAGCCAGGGUGGUUCCGCUCCACAAGAAGAGCGGUAAAACAAAUGUAGGAAACUACAGGCCUGUGUUGAUCCUCAGCACCUUAUCCAAAGUUGUUGAAAGAUUAGUAUUGAAUCAACUUGAAGGAUACCUUCUCGAGCACAAACUUCUUUAUGAACUCCAAUCUGGCUUUAGAACAGCUCAUUCCACUGAUACUUGCCUUAUCCACCUUUUUGACCACAUCAAGCAGGAAAGUGAGAAGGGGAACUAUACAGGUAUGGUCAUGUUAGACUUGCAGAAAGCUUUUGACACUGUGGACCAUGAUAUUCUCCUGAUGAAACUGAAAUGCAUGGGUCUAAAUGAUGUAGCAGUGAAUUGGUUUAGGUCUUAUCUGACCAACAGAACACAAAUAUGUAAUGUUGGUGAUGCUCUGUCAGAGGCCAAAUAAAUAUCCUGUGGAGUACCGCAGGGAUACAUUUUAGGGCCUCUCUUAUUUCUUAUAUACGUUAAUGAUAUGCCAGAUACAGUAAAGCGCAAACUCCUGCUUUAUCCUGAUGACUCAGCCAUACUGGUAUCAGGGAAGGACACAGUUUACAUAGAGGAGACCCUGAUUAAGGAAUUGCAUUUUGUCAUAGAUUGGUUGACUGACAACAAAUUGUCGCUACAUUUGGGAAAAACUGAAUCAAUUUUGUUUGGAACAAAACGAUAAAGGUAAACUUUGCAGGCAAGGAGAUUGACUUUAAAACAAGUGUAACUUAUCUUGGUGUGUCCCUAGAUCAAUCCCUUUCUGGAGACUUGAUUGCUGCUAAAACUCUUUCUAAAAUGGCGAACAAAUUGACAUUUUUACAUCGUAACACUUGAUAUUUUAACAUCAAAGUUAAGAAACUGCUUGUCUCAACCUUGAUUCAGUGUCAUUUUUGAUUAUGCCUGCUCUGCUUGGUAUAGCGGGCUAUCAAAAAAGCUGAAAAAGAGAAUGCAGGUCAUGCAAAAUAAUGUUAUCAGGUAUAUGCUGAAUGUCCCUCCUAGGACCCACAUAGGGGUACAGGAGUUCCGGGAGGCUUGUUGCCUUUGGAGUCCAGAGUGGACCAACUUAAACUUCAUCAUAUGUUUGACAUCUUAAAUGAUCAUGCCCCAGGUUAUAUGAAAAACCACAUUGAUAUGGUUUAUAUCCAACACAGUUACAAUACCAGAGCAGGUGUUAUGUCUCGUAAUAUCCCAAGAGUAAACAGUAUUGCGAGGAGCACGUUUUUCUAUACAGGUAUUUGUCUAUGGAAUAGCCUCCCCUUGGAGAUCAAGCAAAGAAAAAGUAGAAAUAGCUUUAAAAAGCAGGCAAAGGUUUUCAUUUGGACAAGGUUGUCUAAGUAAGAGAAACCACUCUACUGCCCCUUAUGCCCCUUACUGCUGGUCAGGUGUAUUUAUUUGAAUGAUAGGUAUGACGUGCAAUGAAUAGAUUGUUUUUUAAGGUCGAAAUGUGAAAUUAAUAUGGUUGAUUUUUAAGGUUAGGGAAAAGUGCAGUGAAUAAUGCCACUUUUUAGGAUGUCAAUAUAAAUGAAUGUAUGUAUGGUUGUUUGUAAUUUUGUUUUGCCUUUAAAUCAUUAUAUGUGUUAUUGUUUUUACCAUCGAGGACCACUUUGGAAACAAGCGUUUUAAUUAAUACUUUUAAGUGAUAUCCUCUGGGUCCACAUUGUACAUUUUGUUGUAUAUGUCUGUUACCCUAAAUAAAUUCAAUUCAAUUCAAUAGCCAGCCAUUUUCAAGUCUUGCCAUACAUUUUCAAGCCGAUAUAAGUCAAAACUGUAACUAGGCCACUCAGGAACAUUCAAUGUCGUCUUGGUAAGCAUCUCCAGUGUAUAUUUGGCCUUGUGUUUUAGGUUAUUGUCCUGCUGAAAGGUGAAUUUGUCUCCCAAUGUCUGUUGGAAUGCAGGCUGAACAUGUUUUGCAGUUUUAAUUUAGUGCCUAAUUGCAAACAUGAUGCAUAUUUUGGAUAAUUGUUAUUCUGUACAGGCUUCCUUCUUUUCACUCUGUCAUUUAGGUUAGUAUUGUGGAGUAACUACAAUGUUGUUGAUCCAUCCUCGGUUUUCUCCUAUCACAGCCAUGAAACUCUGUAACUGUUUUAAAGUCACCAUUGGCCUCAUGGUGAAAUCCCUGACCGGUUCCUUCCUCUCCAGCAACUGAGUUAGGAAGAACACCUAUAUCUUUGUAGUGGCUGGGUAUAUUUAUACUCCAUCAAAAGUUUAAUUAAUAACUUUACCAUGCUCAAAGGGUUAAGGCAAUGUUUACUCCUGAACUUAUUUAGGCUUGCCAUAACAAAGGGGUUGAAUACUUAUUGACUCAUUCCAUCCACUUUGACAUUAUGGGGUAUUGUGUGUUGGCCAGUGAAUUUUUUUUUCUUCAACUUAAUCCAUUUUAAAUUCAGGCUGUGACACAACAAAAUGUGGAAAAAGUCAAGGGGUGUGAAUACUUUCUGAAGGCACUGUACAUAGGGAAUUGUUGUCAAAUGUUUAUUCUAGAUGGCACAUAAUAAAAAAAUGGUGGGGGGAAUGGGCUUCCGUAGUUUUACGUGGCUCAGUGCAGCCGGCAGGCAGCAGCUACUGCUACAAUUUCAGAAUGUAACAGGCUGUUACUGCAAUUUACUGCAAGUCUCAAAUAUAAGGAUAAUGUCUAUACAUUUCAGCUGUUUCAAAAACAUUGCUCUGCUAUUAUCAUUUAUACUGUAGUAUGUUGUGUUGUGUUGAGCUCAACGAGAAAAUUCUGUUUACAGUGCCCUGCUCAGAGGGGUGCAACUGUCGGGCAAGCACUCAAGACGUGAUAAUUUCGCAAGUUUACACAACAGUAUUGACUCUCGAGAAUUGAUAGCUCUUGAGAACCUCUCGAAAAUGUCCCUUUGCUAUCCUCAAUGUGAAAACGGCCUCUGUCUCUGUCUCUCUCUCCCUACCCCAGUGUGUCGAGAGGGAUCAUAUGGGCCAAACUGCAAGGCCAGAUGUAAGUGCAGCAAUGGUGGUCGCUGUGACACUAAAACAGGGACCUGUGAGUGCACACCUGGCUUUCUAGGAGCUGACUGCAGCACUUGUAAGUCUGCAACACACCUGUGAUGGGUGAAAAUGAACAGUAUUUGAUGUCAUCUUCUGACUAUGAAUCAGUCUUCUAUAUAGAAUAAAGAUAUACAGGGCUCAGCCAGAAGGAUGUUGGGAUUAGAUAUGAUUUUACAGAAGGGCUCCAUCACACCGCUUUCACUUGUUGGGUCAUUCCUAAUCAGUGAUUACUUUAAGGAAGGGAGGAAGAAAAGAUGCUGCACUUUUAAAUAAUUUGAAUGGUGCUUUCAUCUCUUUCUUCGUACUGCCAGGUUGUCCGGCGGGGCGCUAUGGGAAGGACUGUGCCCGUCUGUGUUCCUGUGGGGAGGGAGGGCAGUGCCACCCUGUGACUGGGAGGUGUAUCUGCGCCCCAGGCAAAAUCGGGCAGGCCUGCCAGCAAGGUAAUAAUGACUUUUACCUCAUAGGUGAACCUUAUGUCUAUGGGCCAUUGAGGAUGUAAAGACCCGUUUUUGGUCUCAGUCCGUCACUGUUUGUCAUGCACCAGUACAUUUUUGUAGCAUGCUAUGAACUCAUCAAGAACACAGAGUCUGAUUGGCAACUGGGAAUCCACCCAACCAACCAACCAACCAAAUUAGCUUUCAAUGUGUAUUUAGUUAACAAAUUCUCAAUUUCCUCAGUGAAAACGUACCAAUGAUCAGAGGCUCUUAUUUUCCUGGAGAACAGAAGCAGGGUUCUUGAGUUAACCCUAAUCUCGCAGUUUAUCAGCAGUUCCACUGGAGUGCAAACGGGAGUUUCCAUCCAUUCCAGACGAUGGUGUUCGUAAGCGCGCUGCUCUCCUAGUGCACACCAUACGUCUAUGGACGUGCCACUGCUUAUGUUCCUGUGUUGAACGUUUACAGAGACCUAUAAGUAGCUCGUUUUCCAUGUUCCGCGUCGAUGGCGUUGGCGAGGAAACAAAUAAAUAAACAGGGGAAUCAAAGUGAUUCGCUUAUUGUUUUCCAAAUCUAAAUUACCCAGAGAAACAUGAUUAUUAUUUUAUAUCGCUGCCAAAUGAGACCACUUUGCCAUCUCGCUAAUUACCUGUUGCUUAAAUAAACGUGUGUGUUUGUGUGUGUGUUUAACUGUGUGGUGGGCUCACUGCUGGCUGGGUAGCUAAAGAACAGAACUACACAUAAUGCUGGCUUUGGUAGUGCUGUGAUGAUGAUGACUACUAUCUAAAGCCUUGCUGUUCUUCCAGCCUGCCCUAGGGGGCGCUAUGGCCUACAGUGCAGGAACACGUGUGUGUGUCAGAACGGAGCGCUGUGUGAGCCCAGGGACGGGAGCUGCAGGUGUGGGCUGGGCUGGACGGGACCACACUGUGAGACAGGUAACCUCAGCAUAACAUCAACACAACAUCAGGAUAACGUCAGUAUAAUGUCAGGUUAAAAGUAGCUUCUGGCAGGGCAAAGGGUCAGCUGAGUUUAAUUGUGGUUCAGUACUACAUUAGUUUAUCCUGUAGGAGGAUUUUUCAACAUGUCUGCCUGUUCUUGAAGUUGCUUUGUUGAAGUUAGUUUUGUUACUCUCUUUGUUACAACAUGGAAACAAUGUUAGAUGACCCAACAGCCAUGACAAAAUAAUGAAGACUUGUGUUAUUAUGAAUAGUAGCUACCAGCAGUCACUGUGAGCACAGUAACCUCCCAUAUCCCUGGCUUACAGUGUGUGUCUAUGUUUAUAUGAGGUAAUUCCACUAUUAACGUGUGCAGUAUCCGUUACAGGUCACAGGAGGCUGCUAAGGGGAGGACGGCUCAUAAUAAUGUCUGGAAUGGAGUAAAUGGAAUGGUAUCAAACACAUGGAAACCACAUGUUUUAUGUGUUUGAAACCAUUUGAUUAAUUUAGUUCCAGCCAUUACUAUGAGCCCGUCCUCCCCAAUUAAGGUGCCACCAGCCGCCUGUGGUACAAGUACAGACAGAAGGUAUGUUGGUUGUGAGUGUUGUGUUGUUGUUACUGUAUGUCUCUACCAUAUGUCUGUUUGUCCAGCGUGUGUCCAGGGGAAGUACGGACCGGACUGUGCACUGGACUGUCCCUGCCAGAACAACGGGACAUGUGACCGCUUCACUGGCUGUUGCAGCUGCACCGUCGGACACUACGGACACUCUUGUGAACACCGUACGUUGGAUUUUUGUAAUUAUGGUUAGGGCAAGGAGUUUUUCCUCACCAUGUGACCUGUCCAGGAAAAACUUCUGACCCUAUAUUUCUAAUGAAAUAGGUGGGUUGUGUUCAUGUGGGCAAAAAAAAAGGAAAUUGAGCGUUUCUUAUUGGUAGUCCCUCCUUGUUUCAAUCAGUUUUCUAACAUUUGGUGCCAAAUGAACAUGCCCCUGAUUGUGAUGAUUGGUUGUGCUCUUGCAUGAGAAACUAACAACAAAGCUUUUUCCUGUGUUGUCAUCCUGUCUCCAGGGUGUCCCUCUGGCUUCUUCGGACAGAACUGUGCCCGUCCGUGUGACUGCCGGGCGAGACAGACAUGUGAUCAUGUGACGGGCCGGUGUGUGUGUCCGCCUGGCUACCAUGGCUCCCAGUGUCAGAGACGUGAGUACUGGAUGAUAGAGGAGAAGGUGGAGAUCACACAAUCUGAUUCACACUCUGUGUGUGCAUGUCUAUGAAAACGAUAGAGGGAGAGUACAUACAGUAUGAAUACGAACAUAUGUUGGCACAUCUCCGUGAGCAGACAGACAGGCAGGCAGGCAGACGUGGUUAUUUGAUGAGAGGCAGGUGUUUCCUGGCUGCCACAGCAGAGACAGGCUGUUUAAUGCAUUCCUUUUGCAUCUCUGUGGCCUCCUCCCUCCUGCCUCCUGCCUGCUCUGGGCUCCUCAGCUCAGUGUGAGGGCCUACAUGCCCACUUCAGCCCCAGCAGGAGAGCACUGAGCACUGCAGAGCAGCAGCCAGAUAGUUUGACCCUCUAUAAUAAAGUAAUAGAGACAGACCUGUGUGUGUGUGUGUGGGGGGGGGGGGGGGGGGGGCUAUGGAGGAGAAGAGUGAUGAGUGUGUACUGUUUGUCAUGGGAAAAUAAAAUGAGACACAUAGUACACACGUGUGUGUGUGUGUGUGUGCGUGUGUAUGUGUCUCACUGUGUGUGUCUGUCCCAGGGUGCGAGGCUGGCCGGUUUGGGGAGGGCUGUCAGCAGUCAUGUGACUGUGUUGGGGGGGCCCCCUGUCAUCCAGCCACGGGACAGUGUCUCUGCCCCCCAGGGAAGACUGGACAGAGAUGUGAAAAAGGUACGACCACCUCUACACUGCAACAGCACUCUAUCUCUUACAGUACUGUCUCUUAGAUAUGCCUUUAAAACUACGAGCCUUCACCGGCUGCUACAUAUUGAUUUGUAAUGGUUUGUGUAUGUAUUAUAUGCUUUUACCUAAUAGAAAAAUAACUUGUCAUUUACUGUAUUUAAUCUGCCAUUUUAUUUUUUGUGUGCUGUCUCCAUUUUUUCCUCGUUGUGUCGGUCUACUUCAUGUCUAUCUUCUGCCACGUUCCUCUCUUUCUGUCCAUCAGACUGUGGAGGAGAUCGUUUUGGUCCGGGCUGCUCCCUGCAGUGCCAGUGUUCCCAUCAGGCCCAGUGUGACGCUCGUAAUGGCCGCUGCCUGUGUCCUGUUACCUGGCUGGGCCCCACCUGCACAGAAGGUACUGUAUACAUGCACGAACGCACAUGCAUGCAUGCAAACACAAACACACACGCAUGCGUGCACACACACACACAUGCACGCAAACACAAACGCAAACACACACACACCUCACACACACAUCGCCCUGAUGAGUGAGUGUUACGGUCCGCCCAUCACAGCAGACACCAAGGACCAGAGCUGUAAAGCUGAACCAGGUUUUCAUGAAGUAGUGUGUCGGUAAGUGUGUCAGGCUCAUGCCUUCAGCUCUGUGUGUCUCCCUGUCUCCCUCAAUAGCCACUCCAGCCUCUGACAGUUAUUUUAAUCCACACCCAGCAGGGUGUCUGGCUUGAAGCUGUCUCGGUUUCCCCAACAAGCCCAGCUCACGGGAGACCGUACAGAUCGAGCAGCAAACACCCCAGCAACUCCCCGAACGCCGAAGAACAUUUGCUUUUGAUUUCUAGAAGGUGCCAAAUGUCUUUUUGUCUGUCUCUUCUUUCUUUUCAGGACUACUAGAGACUGCAGAGGUCCCAGCGUUGGGCUUCUCUCCCUCCCUGAAGCGGCCGACUGGUCUCUCCCACUCGGAGCUCCGCUGGAGGCCCCACAUCCCAAAUACCCCCGCCAGACGUCUCAAACACUGA